AGAUGGGCAGCGGGGCUAGAGAUGGGCAGUGGGGUUAGAGAUGAGCACUGGGGCUAGAGAUGGGCAGCGGGGCUAGAGAAGGGCAGCCGGGAUAGAGAUGGGCAGCGGGGCUAGAGAAGGUCACCGGAGCUAGAGAUGGGCAGCAGGGCUAGAGAAGGGCAGAGCGCUGGGCCUGGAGCGAGCUCCACGAAAGGACAACCAAAAGUCUGACACAAACAGGGCCUAAGCCUCCGGGCCAACCUGCACCUGCACCUUCUGAGAAGCAGCUGGCACAAGGCUGGCCCUGGGGCUCAGGGGGACCAACAGGCCCACAAAUGUUAGGACUUUCCUGGGGCCUUUUCUGUGCCAGGCACCUGCUGAGGGCCGUGGGCACACCAGGAAAAGGGCCCGAGCCUGGGGGAGCCCCAAGAAUCUGGUCCCGGCUCCCCCCACUCCAAAUCCAGCCAACUUUCUCUUUUUGGGGGGAUGGGCACAGUUUGAUACCAACUCUUAAUGAUAAUAAUAGUAUCAAACCCAGAGCAGGGAGGGACCCCAGAGAGGGAUUGGAUCCUCAUUCUCGCCUUGACCUUUGACACUGACCUUUGUUUACUCUUACCAUCUCUGACUCGGUCCACGCCCACCCCUUUAUCCCACAGCACUAGGACCCUUUCCCGCGCAUCCAAAUAUGCUCAACGAUUGACCUUUGACCUUCACUGAGAUUUAUUCCUGACUUUCGACCCCACGUGACUGUCGCCUUUGAUCGUGCGAUGACAUCACUUGUUUUUGAUCCCCACGUGAUUCCAUCCACGCGACGCUUGGGCCCCACCAAUCCCCAAGGGUUCCGCCCCGUGAUCUCUGACCCGGCUCUUUCCCCUCCCUCCUCGGCGUGCUCCGACUUUUCCACGCCCCUACCCCUUCCCCUUCCGCCAGAUGGGGCGGGUCGGAGCAUCUGCGCAGGCGCCGAGGCUUUGAUGCCUUUGUUUCGGCGUACGUCACCUGAUGCGUUCGCCAUCCUGCCUUUUCUAGGGAGCCUCCCUCCGGUGACGUCAUUGUCAUGACUGAGGGCCGUGACGUCACCUAAUUAGAUUUCUUCUUGCCCCUAAGCUCCGCCCUACGUAGGGGGGCGGGACCCCGGGGAGCUGACCGCCCUCGGUACUGCGCCGGACGCCGGGUAUUUAUUUACCGCGAGUCUUGCGGCCCGGUCCGCACGAGGGCGUGGCUAGCGCGUGAGCCCGUGGUCCUUGCCAGCCCCAAGCAUGCCUGCCCCGAAGGGGGACGUGACCGCCCUAUUCCUUGGUCCCCCGCGUUCGGGAAAGUCGGAGCUCAUCGCGGCACUCAGGGAGGCUCCAGAGGCCUGGCACGAAGAUGCCCGAGUCCCCGCCCUCUACCCCGCAGGCCCGGGCCUCUUCCUGGGCGAGCUGAGCUGCCCUCCGGCACCCCCCGAACCCUGGGCAGCCGAGGCUGACGUGCUGGUGCUGGUCUGGGGGCCCCGCGGCGAGAACGGAGAGGAGGAAGAGGAUGGGACUCUGCCCGAAGGGCUGGGGGCAGCUGGGCGAGCAGCGCUGGCUCGGGGGGCACCCCUGCUAGCCGUGUGGAGCCGGGGCCCCAGGAACGGGAAACCGGGCAGCCCGGAGCAGCCUGAAGACCUGGAGCAGGAAAGGGUGAAGGCGGCUGCUCAGCUGGCCGCUGCCGGGCUGGGGGCGGCUCCGCUUUAUGUGCUUAGCCGGCCUGGGCCCCAAGGCGCUGACCUGACCAGACUUCGGGAGGCGCUACGCGACCGGGGGGCGGCGCUGGAGAGGCUGCUGCCUCCUGCCCAGGAAGGCUUCGAGGUCGUAGGAGGGGCCGAGCUAGAGGCGGUGCGCGAGGCUUUCGAGGCGGGCGGCCUGGAGGCCGCCAUGACCUGGCUGCGCUCGGGCCUCGAGCGUCUGGGCAGCGCCCGGGUGGACCUGGGCGUGGCCGGGGCAGAAGCCCCCACGGUCAUAGGCUCCCUUCUUGGGCAGGACCCUGAGCCCACUCCCUCCUGUCCCGGACCGGCCCCCCAUCCUGCCCCCGAGAGGCCCAAUGUGGUGCUCUGGGCACUGCCGGCCGACGCUGACCCCGCCCCCGGCCCUGACCCCGGGCCAGCUCAUUACGAUGCCCUGGUGCUGGUGGUUCCGGGAGCCCCGGAGCCGGCCGAUGUCGCCAGAGGGAAGGCGCUGGCGGGCCCUGUCACGCCCCUCUUCUUCGUGAGGACUGACGGCGAGGGCGAGGACCCUGAGCCAGAGGAGGACGAGGAGAAAUCCGGCGGAGGGGACGGGGAGGACAGAGGGAACUGUGGCGGCGGGAAGGACGCGGGCCGCGGGACCACGUCGGGCGGCGGGGCUGGGGGGCGGCAGACAAAGUCGGGUGGGGGGGAUGGGGAGGAGGAGGGCUGGGAAGUGCUGGGCCCCGAGGAGGCAGAGGAUGCCCCGCCGCCGGUCUUCCCUCUGCGGCCUGGGGGCCUCCCGGGCCUGACGGCUGCGCUGCGGAGAGCCCUGACCCCCGCCCAGGGGAGCGCUCUGCUGCUGGCGCUGCCCCCCGCGUCUGCUCGGGCGGCGCGCGCCAAGGCGGACGCUCUGCGGGCAGGAGCGUGGCGCGCGGCGCUGCUGGCGAGCGUGGCCGCGGCUGCGUCCCCGGCCCCGGGGCUGGGCCACGCGUGCGACGUGGCGCUGCUGCGGGGUCAGCUGGCCGGCUACCGGCGCGCGCUGGGGCUCGAGGCGGCCGCCGUGGCGCGCCGGGAGCUCGCCCUGGGCCUGGAGCCCGGAACCCUGGUGGGGCGCGAGCGCUCGCGCCUGGCCUUGAACGGAGCGGCCCGUGGCGAGGUGGAGGCGCGCUUGCGGGGCUGGGCCGGCGAGGGGACCGCCGGCGGCGCGGCCCUGGGCGCGCUCUCCUUCCUGUGGCCGGCGGGCGGAGCGGCGGCCACCGGGGGCCUCGGCUACCGCGCGGCCCACGGCGUGCUCCUGGAGGCCCUCGACGAGCUGCAGGUCGACGCCGAGGCCGUGCUGGGCCCGGGCCCCGACGCUGAAUAAAGCCCAUCCAACUUUGCUGGGCCAGAAAUCCUGGGGGUGGGGGUGGGGGCGCUGCCGGAGAAGGACGCCUGCACGUUCCAGGAGCU